UGUAGUACCAGUCCUGAAGACAACAUCCCAUGGUGGUACUUUGCCAGCUGCAACUCAUCUCCUGAAGUCGGACCCCAUGGACCCCAGCCAGAUCCGCCACCUGGUGGAGGUCUUCUACUCGCGCGUGUGGAACGCGCGCGACGAUCGCGCCUUGCGUGAGAUCCUGUCGCCGGAGCUGCGCUUUCGGGGCUCCACAGAAGCGACGGAGCGCGUGGGGCCGGAGGCCUUCAAGGCCUACCGUGAUGCCAUCCACCAAGCCUUGCGUGACUACACGUGCACCCUGCAAGAUGUCCUGGUGGAGGGCGACUGUGCCUUCGCACGUGUGUGGUUCCGUGGCACCCACGUCGGGCAGCUCCUCGGUCUCCCCGGCACCGGCCGCGCCGUGGAGUGGAUCGGCUGCGCACGCUUCCGCGUGGUGAGCGGAGUACACGGUGCGCGUUCGAUCGGCCGUGGAUCGUCCAUCCGGUAGAGCCCGAAGUCCAGGUUUGGGGUUUGGACGGCGGCGUAAGUGUUCGCAGGCCUGUGGAGUAAUGUUAACAUCUCAUUGAUUCACCCCUCAUACCAUACUGUAUAAGAAAAACACAUGUUUCUCGGGGUAGUCAAAACUCUCAACCUCAAUUCAAAAAAAGAACUGCAGGCCAUUUGGCAGAGGGGAUUUGGCAGAGGGUCUUUAUUACGCUUUCAUUCUGCUUUCAUUCUGAUGAAAACAUAAAGAUUCCACAAAAGAAGAAGAAGAUAGGAGAACUUAAAAGCAAAAUGGAAAGCACAAGGCGAGGACAAGCCAGCAGGGCUGGAGGGGGGUUGAUUAUUGUAGGUUUGUUUAUAAUUGCAGAGGGUGGGAGUCUAAAGGGGAACCUUUGAAUAUAUGUUU